AUGAAAUGUCGUGCAGAUGUUGAUCCUUCAAAAACUAUUAUAGUGUUAGAAAAGUCAUGUCCAUGGAAAAGUCAUCUGUUUGAUCUGGAGCGCGAAGAACGCAUGGAAACACCUGUAUAUCCCGAACCACUGCGCCUGGCAAGUUUUCGCCCAAUACCGAAAUUUCCGCCGAAAAUUCUCUUCGUUGUCCUACCCUUAGAUGGAAAUUGGGUUGUUCAAGGCGUUCCAAAAGAAAAGUUUGAAAUAUGGUUACCGUUUCCUGUUGAGUGGCGUGCACUUUGA